AUGGCUGGCACUUGUGUGCCUCAGCCCUUGGUACUUCCUCUUCGAGAUGUUCAAGUCAAUGCCACUGUCACUGACUCCUUUAUGACGGGCAUCCCAGCCCAGGUUGGAACUCCACCACAGGACAUUGUCUUGUUGCCAUGGCCCGAACUCAACAACACAUGGCUCUACGAUCAGCAAGCACUCUGCGACCGUACCGUCAUCUUCUCUGACGAGAUUUGCUUCGUUCGCCGUGGCAACUAUUACAUCGAAAGCGAGUCGUCGACAUUUAAACAGGCUCUUGAUAUCGUGUCUGCUGGCGGGGCUUCUUCUGAGACCCAGGUCCAGGGAUCGGAGCUAGGCAUCAAAAACUUGAUCAAUUCAGGGCUUGGAGGGACAGAUGUGUUUCGCCUUGGGGCCAAUGUUUCCCUUGAAUCCUUCCCGGUUGGAAUACCCAGACAAGCCUGGGAUAUGGGCUACACAACCUUGCAUGCACUAGGCCUGGGAUCCAACUCCACCUACCUCACUGCUCUACUUGAUGCAGGGCACAUUGGCGCAAGGGUGUGGUCAAUAUUCUGGGGUCGGAUGUGGCAAACCAAAAAUCCCAUGAACGGAUCCAUUGUGCUUGGUGGCUACGACCGAGCAAAGGUCAUUGGAAGAAACCUAACACAGAAUCUCGACUUCGGGCCUUCAGGAUGUUGGACGGGUAUGAAGCUCAAUGUCCACGACAUUCGGGUAAAUUUUCGCGAUGGUUCGGACAAGACUCUGUUUCAAACCAACAGCAUCAUGCCCGUAUGUUUAGUUCCUCAGCGUCAACUUCUGCUCGAAGCUCCCAGCUCCAUCUUUUCCAAUUUUGAGCUGGUCACCGCCACCACCAGCAUUGGCCUUUCAUUUGGUCUUCAUUGGGGAGCUCAGCUCUUCGAUCGGGGCACAGAAUUCGAUGGCGACAUUACAUUCGAGCUAGACUCCGACUUCACAAUCCGUGUACCUAAUGAUCAGUACAUCGUCCCUUUUGUCGCAAUCGACCGAAACAGCUCUCGUAUCUUCAACGAAAGCCAGAGAGAAGUCCUGGUUGGGGCUCUGGGAGACCAACCUGCCACACUAGGUCGUUACUUUCUGACUGCAGCUUACCUCAUGGUCGACCAAGAUGCUGGCACUUUUACUCUUUGGCAGGCCAAUCCUUCUACAAAUGUGGACCUUGCUGUCGUGGGAGACCAGGCUAGUCCAAGUUGCAGCGAGGACUCGUCGCCUGCCCAGUCAUCAUCGUCGUCGCCUUCAUCCUCAUCCUCAUCCUCAUCCCCAACCUUGGAGGGAGGGAGCAAGUCUACAAUAUCCGGUGGUGCGAUUGCUGGUGCAGCCGUGGGUGCUGUAGCCGCCUUCGCUGCCAUUACAGUCUUAGCAUUCUUCCAGUUCAGGCGGAAAAGACGUACUCCAGCCUCUAUUAAGCGAACCAUAGAACCAUAUGAGAUGCAAGGUGACUCUUUUGGAGAAAUGCCGGUGACCAUGGCGUCUUCAGGCGGCGGCACCAUGGUGCACAAAGGACAGUACAACAAGGUGUCAAGUAGCCCUGACAUUGUGUACGAGAUGGACGGUAGUAAACGGUCUUCACUACCUAGGUAG